GACGAAGAAGAUGCCGCACGCAAGGAGGAAAGGAAGAAGAAUAAACAUAAGUAUAUUCCAAUCCUGGACACGGGCAUUCCAGACGAACCAUCUGUCACACCUUGCUCGUACGUUCUUCGUAAACUAGACAAAGGUGAAUACGUCAAAAUGUGGUAUUUCACAAAUGAUGGGCUAGACGAGGUGUCAAUCAAGAAGACUAUAGACGACGACGCCAUGGUUCUAUCAACCUUGGCGGACGGAUCUACAGCCUGGAUCUCUUUGGCAUCAGUGCGUAAUGCUAAGUUGGUUAUCAAUGACAAGAACUUACCGUUCGAGGAAUUUUGUCAGGCAUGUCCUUGCUUUCUAGUUGCCUUGGAAGAAGCAAACUGGCCGGAAGACCGAAUCAGAAUGAUGGCACUGUUCUGGAGGAACAUACAGGUGCACAAGUAUUGUUCUUUGCGCGACCCAAUAGUGCAAAAGACUCUUUUGGUCUAUCAGGCCAAGCAACACAGACACUGGCACAUAGCAGCGAAGUCCUCGACAGGACCAUAUAACAUUUUGACGGUUAACGAAAAAGUACUGGCAGACACGAGGGAGAAAGUAUACUGGGAAGAACGGCUCAAGAGAGACAAUGUGCACGAUCAUAAGGUCAGUUUAUAA